AAAACUUGGAAUCUAGCGACAAGUAGCUUGGAAAGAACACGCAAUAAAAUCUUUUACAACGUCUAACCAGACACUGGUCUUGUUCAGAGUCGCAAUUAUGGUAGUCAUCCAGAGAGUGACAGAGCCUGAGAGGGCCUGGUGGAAAGAAGCGUCAGUAUAUCAAAUAUAUCCGGCAAGCUUCUUAGACAGCAAUGGGGAUGGUCUUGGUGACCUUCCUGGCAUUAUUUCGAAGCUGGACUACAUUAAGUCCGUGGGAGUGGACACAAUUUGGCUGUCGCCGAUUUUCAAGAGCCCUCAGCAUGAUAUGGGAUACGAUAUAUCUGACUACAGAAACAUUCACGAGCCAUAUGGGACUGUUGAGGAUGCUGAGAAUCUAAUUCAAGGCUGUCACAAAAGAGGACUCAAAGUCUUGUUGGACCUGGUCGUCAAUCACACCAGCGAUGAACACGACUGGUUCAAAGAGUCCCGUUCAUCCAAGGAAUCACCAAAGCGCGACUGGUAUUUUUGGAAAGACCCCAAGUACGACUCAAAUGGCAUUCGACAGCCACCCAACAAUUGGGCCUCAGUGUUUGGAGGGAGCGCGUGGAACUGGGAUGAACACACUGGCCAGUACUACCUGUCAUUGUUUCUGGCAUCUCAGCCGGAUUUGAACUGGGCAAAUAAAGACAUGCGCGAAUCAACAUACGAUGAUAUGAGGUUUUGGUUAGACAGAGGAGCAGAUGGCUUCCGAAUCGAUUCAAUGAACCUGAUGUCGAAACACCCAGACCUUCCUGAUGCACCAAUCACAGACCCAAUGGCCGAGUAUCAGUCAGGAGCGAUAUAUUUUGCUAGUGGUCCCCGCAUGCAUGAAUAUAUUCAAGAGAUGCGAGCCAAGGUCUUUGACAAGUAUGAAUGCAUGACGGUUGGUGAGCUCGGAUUCACAAAAGACGAGAAGAGUGUGUCCGAGUAUGUGGCCAAGGACAGGCAUGAGCUUAACAUGCUAUUCACCGGAGACAUUGUUGACAUGGAUUUUGGAGAUAAUCACAAGUACGGACCUGGAGAGUUCCAUCUCUCAAAAUUACGACACAUCACAAGCAUGUGGCAAUCGGCCAUGCCCAAGUUCAACGGCUGGAACUCGAUAUACAUGGACAAUCACGAUUCUGGCCGGUCGCUGUCAAGAUAUGCCUCUGACUUUCCCGAGUACCGCAAAGAUGCCGCCAAGAUGCUGGCGACGUACUUGUGCAGUCUGAGUGGUACCGUUUUUCUCCUCCAAGGACAGGAAAUUGGCACUGCGAAUAUCCCCAAAUCCUGGGGAGUCGAGGACUACAUUGAUGUCGAAGGGAGAAACUACUACAACAGCGUCCUGAAACAACGCGGUGACGGAGCCAACAUGGGCGAUGUCUUGUCGCAGAUGAGACUCAAAGCUAGAGACAACGGACGCCUGCCGAUGCAGUGGAACAGCAACCCCCAUGGUGGCUUCACCAAGGCAGCCAAGCCGUGGAUGCGAGUCAAUGAUGACUUUGACGCCUGGAAUGUGGAAUCUCAGGAGGGGGACGAAGACAGCGUACUGGCAUAUUGGAGGAAGAUGCUCAAGCUGAGAAAGGGCGAGAGAGACGUUUUCAUCUAUGGCACUUAUGAGAUGUUAAGUGAAGUCAAGAGUGGCGAGGACAUCUUUGCAUAUACCAUGACAAAGUUUGAUGGUAGCAAACAGGCACUGGUUCUGCUUAACUUUUCUGAUGCAUUGAAGAGAUUUCCAGCCUCUAAAGACUACAAGGGAUGGAAAAAGUUGAUUGGGGAUACUGCUGAGGACUUAAUGACGGAGGGGUUGGAGCUGAAGCCGUACGAAGGCGUCAUCUAUUGUAAUUGGUAGCUGAAAUAUGCUGCAACUAUUGACGACGAGAUCUAGUCUACUCGAAUAUUAUUUCUGCAUUUGUAGUUCCUACUGUUUCUUGAAAUGUUGCUUCUUAUUAGAUAGCUCGAACUACCG